AUGGGGCAGAACCUCUCAUUCCAGACGGAUGAGUGGGAGACUCCGACGUCGACAAGAGCACCCUCGCCGAACAGGGAUGCAGAAGAGAACGUUGCGAAUGCGGAGGGUAAAGUUCUGGAAAAGGUGAAGGGAAGAGAGGUUUUGACAUCGGAUGAGGGUGGGGUACUCGAUAUCGAUAAGCUUCAGAGCAAACCCGAAAGCCCACAGGUCAUCCUUCAGCCUGUUGUGUCGAUCGCGGACAACGCUCGAAUUAGUGGAGGAAUAAUCGCUGGCGGGGAUGUUCACACCAACGUUGUAAUCAACAUACCAAGUGCUAAGGACAGCUCCUUAGAAGCGCAAUGGCAGAAAAAGGAGGAAGAAAAAGCAAGAGCACGGUUAUUGAGAGAAGUGCUGGAUUGGCUUGCACCGAAUGCGCAAUUCAGAGAGAUUCAGAUGGAAAAUCUUGAAAAGUGGACAGACGGGACGUUGUCGUGGUUUACCACAGCAGAGUUCUACCAAUCAUGGAAACAGGGUCGAACCAAGGUUAUAUGGGGCACUGGAAUGCCUGGUUCUGGGAAAACAGUGCUCGCUUCGAAGGCGGUGGACGAUUUGGAGCAACACCAGAAGACGUCCAAAGGAAAGCUCUGCGUGCUGUUUGCGUACUGCCGGUACUCGGAACGCCUGACGGUCCAGGAAAUUCUGGAGGCCCUGGUGAAGCAAUUCCUGGAAUGCGACCCAUCCUUGGUCAGCGUCGUCGAGCCUUUAUACGCUCGCCACACGUUCCUUAAAACCCGUCCGACUCAGGCGGAGCUCCUCGACCUGCUGAAGACGCUCGAGAGUCAUUUCGAGAUCGUUUUCUACGUCAUCGAUGCGUUGGACGAAGCAUUGGAUGAUACGCAAUUCAACCUUGUCAAAGCUAUUAACACGCUGCAGGGCAGGUUCUCUCUCACUUCCCGGCCGCUGGUCAGCCUGGAGUCUGGGCUUGCCAGGCCCAAAUUCUACACUGUGACCCCAGCGACUUCGGACAUCGUUCGGCUUGUUCUGGAGAGGAUCAAGCACAAUCCCGGAUUUGGAGACCUGCUGGAUCGGUAUGGCUUUCGCGACGAAUUAGUCCGACGAAUCCUGGAUAAAUCCAGUGGCAUGUUCCUUCACGCGGCACUCCAGCUGGAAUUCGUCUACACGUGCGCCACGGUUGCAUGCGUCCACAGAAACCUCGACCGCGUCCCCACCGGUCUCCGGCAGAUGUAUCAACAAGCGAUGGUGCGAAUCGGUGAACAGAAGGCAGAGAAUGCACUGCUGGCCAAACAUACCCUUCUCUGGCUUGUCUUUGGAUACGAGACGAUGGCGUUCGCCGAUUUGGAGCAGGCUCUCGCUGUCACUUCUCGGAUCGAUACCGCGGCGGAUAACAGUUUAGUGGUUGACGAGGCGGCAUUGGUGUCCGUGUGCUGCGGUCUUGUAAUUAUCGAAAAAAGGACAAAUCUCGUGCGCCUUGUCCAUUUCACUGCCAAAGAUGCACUGGCACCCAUCCUCAUGAAUGAUUUCCACUCUCCCCACCGUCUCCUAUUCAAGGCCGCCGCGAAACGCCUCAUCGACUGCGGCAUUCCCAAUAACUCUCUUCUCAAGCAAGGAACAGAUUUGGAACGCUUCCUCGCACAGCAUCCAGCACUCCGUUACUCGUACGAUCAUUUGGGGAAGCAUGCACAAGAAUGCGUAACACACCCAGAAUAUUGCGCCGAGGUUUUGGAAUUCGUCAAGCGAUGCCAGUCUUUCCCCUGCAUUGUGUGGGGGUCGUGGAAGCCGGUGGAACACCUCUCGCCCAUCCACGUGGCCGCACGAUACGGCCUCCACGAGAUUAUCGACCAAGUCAUCGCUGACACUGCCAAGGGGGACGUCACGCUUCGUACGACGGGGGAGCGUGGCGCAACGGCGCUUAUACUAGCUGCGCAAUAUGGUCAGGUCAGGGUCGUCGACGCACUUCUGAAGCACAAGCGACGGGCGAUGAUGAAAUCCGUGAUUGGGGGCCACGCCAAACCGGGGAUGCAUCUCCUCACUGGUCAAGUCAAUCUGCGAGAUAACUCGGGAAGCACGGCGUUAAUGGAAGCUGUGUCGAAUUGUCACCCAGAUGUUGUACGACGCCUCCUCCAGGACCCGCAUAUCCAGGUCAACCUCAGGGAUCGGUCUGGGUGGACUGCGCUGAUGUACGCGGCGAUGAAGUCCCAUGUCGUGCUUGACCCACUUCUCGCUCACGAGGGUGCUGAUGUCAAUGCGAGGAACGAUGACGGGUGCACGGCGUUGAUGGAGGUAUCGAAGUAUGGAGCUGGUGCUGGAGCUCUCGUGCAGCGCCUACUCACCCACAAGGAUAUCAAGGUCAACCUCCAGGGUAAAGACGGAAACUCGGCGUUGAUGUAUGCAGCGUUGAAGGGACACUCGGUCAAUGUCAGGCAUCUGCUGCAGCAUAAAGAUACCCAAGCGAACCUGCAGUCCAGGGACGGAUGGACGGCGCUUAUGCGGGCGGCAAAGAAUGGGAACGAUGGUGCGGUCAGAGCUUUGAUUGAGUACAAGGGAACUGAUGUCAACGCGGUGAACAACUAUGGGGAUUCUGCGCUCAUCAUCGCGUCCAGGGAGCUACACCCAGGCGUUGUGUCUGUGCUUCUGCAGCGUGAAGAUAUCAGGACUGAUAUCAGGAACAUCGCGGGACAGACGGCUUUGAUGGUGGUUACGCAGUAUCCGGUUAGAGUCGACAAACAGCAGAGGUGCGACGAGGUAGUUAGGCUUCUUAGGCAGUCCGAGAAGAGCUCUGACGCAUAG